AUGAAGCCGGGCUUUUUGCCCGCCAUCAUAGUAACAUUUGUCUUGCUGCAGCUCCUGGUCCUACUGAACAUGUGUUAUAUCCAUGCCACGCAGUUCCAAAGUCUUACUCGCUCUCAUAACUUCAAACUUCUGUAUGUCGACUACGACGAAGGCGUCAUCGGCAAGUCGGUUUCAGACGCGUACCAGGAUCUUCAAGGAGACAGCUUUCCAACUCUGCAUCAAGUCGCCUCCGAAAAAUAUCCGCAGCCGAGCGAUAUUCGAGAUACGGUCUGUCGUGGUGAAUAUUGGGGUGCCAUUUAUGCCAAGUCAGAUGGAUCAGCUAAUUUGACAUCUGCAUUGGAGUCUGGUGCUUCCACUCCAACCUCACUCGCCUAUGUCUGGAACGGAGCGAGAUAUCCGGUCUUUUCACAAUCAGUCAUCUACAGCAACCUCCUGAAACUGAUUCAAACCACGCGAUCAACAUACUACGACAACAAUGGAUCUGCAGUGGCUGCAACUGCCAACUUCUCUACACCAGCCACACUCAAAGCAUUCAGCGACCCCAUCCGAGCCGAGCAAAUCAACAUCAAAGAGACAGAAGAGGGAACACGGGUAUUCUACAACACCAUCUCCAUGGCAAUGCCCAUAGUCCAACAAUUCUUCUACAUGCUAGCCUUGAAUGGAAUCGGAUCCGUUUUCAACGCAUUCACGAAACUAUCCUGGCAAAUCAAUGCCCUGCUUCGCAUGUCAGUCUCAAUACUCUACACCUUGAUUGGAGCCCUCUGCAUGACAGGCUAUAUCUGGGCAUACCGCGAAACGUGGCACCAAACAGGAAGCCAUUUCGCUCUAACCUGGAUGAUCCUCUGGUUACUUAUGCACAUCAACCUCCUAUUCUUCGACAUAACCACGGCCUUCGUCGAGAUUCAAUGGAUGCCAUACAUCGUUCUGACAUGGGUGAUCCUCAACGUCGCCACCACAAUUGCACCAUUUGAGAUGAGUCCUGCCUUCUUCCGUUGGGGAUAUGCACUUCCCUCCCAUGAAGCAUAUCAGGUUCUCAUGCAGAUUUGGUCGGGCGGAUGUAAUAAUCGGCUGUACCAGGCUCUUCCAAUUAUGUUCUCGUGGUGGAUUAUUGGAGUUCCUACCUCUGUUUUUGCGAUGUAUCAUCGUUGCAGAAAGGCUGUGGCUCAGGUUGAAAUCUCCGAUCGUGAAGCUCAGGAAAAGAAUGCAGCUGCUAAUCAGACUGCAACGGUGAUUCAUGGCUCUGAUCGUAAAUGGCGGGGACAUGAGGAUAUGGCACAGGCUCUUCCUGUUCGAUGA